GUCCACAUGAAAUGAUAAAAUUAUGGCCAAAUCAAUCAGUUUCCAAUGUUCGGAUAACAUAAACGAAGUAACCUCUGCCGGGAAACGCGUGUAAACUUUCACAAUCAGCUGUCGUCAGUGCAGUUCUAGGGUGCAGUGGUGCAGUUCAGUUCAGUACCAAAAAUGACAGAUAUCGCCGACAGACAUCGCUGCAAUCUACCACCACAAACCGAAAAUGGCCCGUCGGGAUCAUCACUAUGGCGCAACAUAAGACGUCGCCUGCGGAAGAUAACCAUGCUGUCUCCCGAGCAUCCGGAUACGGAAACGUACUUCCGCAGUAUUGCCCAAAUAGCCAACGAGAACAAACGAUUGCUACGAGACUAUCCGGCGUGCAUCAUCCAUCCGUUGAGCACGUUCCAUUUCUACUGGGAUGUGGUGAUCUUUUUCGCGUUGCUGACUCAUCUGUUGACGCUUUCCUUUGUGGUGUCGUACUUAAUCUACAUCGACGUGGAUGAUUUUCCCGCUAUCAUUCAGUUCGAUUUGGUUCUGUGCGUGGUCCUUGGCUUGGAUAAUAUCUUGAAGUUAUUCACCGGAUAUGUCGUUGAGAAGAGGAAAACUGUCGUCCUGGACCCGAAGAAAAUACUGCUGCAUCGCUUCAAGUAUUUGCGAAUCGUGUACGACUGCAUUGGAGCCAUGCCGUUCAUUUUGCUUCUCUACAAGCUCGACACCUGUUACUACCAAUCGGAACAGUUCUUCUACUUGGUGUUUGCCCUCUUCCUAUACUUUGCCAACAUUCUCCGCUUCCAUGAAGUCAAUCGUCGUUUUGAAACGAUUCCGAAAUUCUUCAAAGCUACUGAAAACCAAAUCACGAUCAUGAAGUUGAUAAUAGGGACGAUCUAUGUGCUGCACUGGACAUCCUGUAUUGCUGACAUCUUACCAAUGCUGGUGUUCUACACCCAUGACCACGGAGAAUUUCCCGAGUGGAACAGUACGGGAUAUUUGGUUGGAGAUUUUCUGGUGGACAUGUAUUGGAGAACCUACCGAGCUGAUGACGAAGUACCUUACCAAAUAGGUAGGCAACGAUCAGGUAUGGAUCGCUUGGAAUACUGGGAGUACCGCAAUUACCUUUGGAACAACAAAUUUACGUUGGCUUCGAGAGACCAACGAUACGUCCUGUUGAAGCUAGAUGACGCCUUUCGGAAUGAGACACUGCCUUCGAUAUAUGUGCGAUCGAUGAUGGAUUCGAUCCAAAUCGCCAUGCAGUCAAGUCACGUGGAUAAAGCUGGUCCAAUGGCCACGAAUAGUUGGCUGACGGCUUACGCUGUCCUAUCCGGAUGGUUGUGGUUAACGUACAUCCUGUUCACCAUGAUACGCAUGGUAACCUCGACGGAUUUAAGUGCCACCAAAUACGACGAGAUUGUCAAUGAACUGAAAGCAUAUGCGUACAACCGGAGGCUAAGUCCAGAACUGAAGGAGAAAAUGUUGCGUCACUUCGCCAAUCGCUAUCGGAUGAGGUACUUCGACGAAGAGUCUAUCCAGAACACAAUUUCGGCAAAUCUGAGACGCAGCAUCAGGAUGGAAACUUGUCAGCAUUUGGUGAACAACGUGGAACUGUUUCGGAACCUGCCGCACGCGUUGAUUGAAGACAUCGUCGAUCGACUGAAGUUAGAACUCUUCCUGGAAAACGACGUUAUCAUUCAGGCCGGUAGUUUGGGUGAUGCAAUGUACUUCAUAGCCAGCGGAACGGCGGCCGUUUAUUCGGCCAGUGGCAAGGAACUUGGCCAUCUGGCGGAUGGAGCUCACUUCGGCGAGAUCUGUCUGCUGAAAACGGACCAAAAGCGAACGGCUAACGUGGUGGCGCUGGAAGUAUGCGAAGUGUACAAGCUAUCGUUUGGCGAUUUUCAAAUGCUCAUCGAACCUCACUCUUACUUGCUGGAACGGAUGCAGAAACUUGCCAACGAACGGUUGGCCAAAUCUCAAGGCAUGAAGGACAAGAUUUCCGAGGAAGAUGUUUAUGAUAAUUUCUUGCAAUAAAUAUUGAAAUUGAUUAUU